AUGGUCAAGUUUAUGACAUGGAUCCAAUCAAAAGAGUUUGCUUCUUAUAUCGAUGCUAAUUUUAUUGCUGCAUCACAAACUCCAGAUUAUUCAAAGGACACUUUAAUAAGUGAUUCAGACGAAUACUUGCCUGAUGACGCUUCAUUAUGUGAAAGGCAAUCCUUUGAUACAGAAUCAAUAUUUUCAAAUUCCACAUCAACUUCUCAAGUGAAGCCGUUAUUCAUCGAUAGAAAUGACGAAUCACAAUUUAAUGUUCCAAGUUACAAAUCUGUGCGUGGGCUAUUUAUUGACGAGGAAGAUUGUCCACAAUAUGGAUCAUUUUCAAUACCCACAAUAAAAAUAUCCUGUGAUGAUGUAGAUGAUAAUGGAUCACAACAUACAAGAAAUUAUCGAGAAGAAUUAAUUAAAUUGAUUCUGGA